AUGGAUUCGGCCGCCGAUUCCCUCCUUGCACUUUCGAACACGGUCGCGACCAUAGCGCCCGACCAUGAGCCGCUCUCGGAUGAUGACCGCUCUAGCAGUCUAAGCGAAUUGGACGAGAAUCUUGAAGAUGGCGAAGAGGAGGAAUUGGAAGCACAAAGACCAGGCGAUGUAGAUUCUGAGGCCGAGACUGAACGUCUGCAGGUCACCCCGGAUGGGCUGGUCAAAAAGAAGCCUUUCGAGGUUAGCCCUAGCAAGCUCGUCCAGAGAGAAGAUGUUGAUAUGAGACCGGAAAUUGAAAGCUUGACAGGCAGCCCCGUCUCGUCUCCAAUCUCGUCUCAUGCCGAUUCUGACCUCGAUGGCGAAUUGAGCGAUGUGCCAGAAGCCGAAGAUGAGGUCGAAGCUGAACCAGAGGCAGUCACCGUCAACUCGCCAAACAAACGCAAGCGAGAGGAGAGUGAUUCGGACCCUGACGCGGCGCCUCGUUCUCAAAGACGUAGGACAGGCUCAGUGGAAAGCCGGCAGGAGAAAUCCGAACCGGAGAGUGAGCCUGAAGAUAGCCGCAGGCCAAGUCGGGAACAAACACACGAGCCAGAAAUCGAAGCACGGGGCAACGAGGACGAGGAAGCUGAAGAGCCCGAGGAAGAGCCCAAAGAAGCCGAGAAAGUGGAGUCAAGUGAGGAUUCUAAAGGAAAGCCUAGGACUCGGCCUCGACGAAAGGCAAAAGGCGACGUAAUACAGGAGCCACAAGCCGAUGAAGAAGAGGAACCAGAAGGGGCAGAGGAGAGUGAGGCUGUGGACGAAAACGAUGCCGAGGCAGCAGCAAAGAGCGAAGAGGAACAAGCGAGAAGAAUGGCUGCCAUGGAAGCAUUGACAUCACUAGAGAAGCAUUUUGCGGCUCUCCGAGAUCGUCUAUACGAUGAAAAGAUUGCAGCCAUAAACCAUGAGUUAGCGUUGUUGCAAGAAGCACGGCCAUCACACCCUGAACUAAUCCGACAAGUGGAAGCCGUUCAGAAAUACCGGGAUGAGAAGUUUGAGGUUGAACAAAAGCUUUUGGUGUACAAGGUCGGCGCUUUGAAGAACAAGGCUGUUGCAGACCGAAGUCAAAUCCACAGUCAGUAUUUCCAGACUGUCCGAGAUAUUCGAGAACGAUUCCUCGAACGGAUCAGCGAGCACUUCUAUCGGAUUCAACGGGACAGAUUUAAGGCCGAUUCAACAGUACCGAGUUUUACUAUCCCCUUCCCUGAAAAGCGGUCGCAACAGAUCAUUCAACAGACUGCCUACAACAAGGAGGUAUCAAUAUUAUCGGGUGUCGCCAAAUACGUGGGCUUCCCUGCAGCUCCAGAACUGGCUCCUUCUAAGCAGAAGGACAUUCAAGACGACAUGGCAAAAAUGGGGAUUUCAGCUUCUCAGAUCCAGCCCAUCAGAGCGACACGGCCAGUACAGAGCACAGCUAUUGCACAAAUAUCUGCACCUCAGGCAGAAGAACAGUUUCUAGAACAAACGCCGUGGGCUAACCCACAACAUCCUAUCCACAGACUCAGUCGACAGAACUCAAAUCGAUCCCCGAUGAACGAGUUCCUCACACCAGCACAUCAGCAACGCACUACAGAGGCAACACAGCCACAUGGAUCAGCCUCUACCAUCGCUGAUCCGUCAGCACAGAUCUCGUCAGCCAUCAAUACACCCCACGACGGCCCGAGUAGUGCUACACAUAUAGAUCACCAAGCUGGUUCUUCUUCGAACCACAAUUAUCGCCUACAUUCGGCCUCACCCCUCGGCACACGCGACAUGCAAACAAAGGACUCCAUUCGAGAUAUCGGCUCGUCGCCUUUGAACUCUAGAGCGCAAGGAUCGUCGCCUCGAACGGGGUCAACUCGACCUGAUACGAGAAUGUUGGGGGUAAACAAUGACUCGCCAUUCAAGUCCAAAGAUGCAGGAGCGACAGCUAUAACGGCUGGAUCGGGGUUUGGAGGGACAGGGAGAUUUAGGGUGUAG